AUGGGAAGCAGUGGUUCAGGAAAAAGUCAUGUCGGAAGAUUAAUAUCUGAAAAAUUUAAAUUCCAUUUUGUCGAAGGUGAUGAUUUUCAUUCAUCGACAAAUAUCGAGAAAAUGUCAUCAAAUGUUCCACUUACUGAUUCAGAUCGACAACCUUGGCUACAUUCAAUCAAAAACGCUAUUAUUAGAAAAUUAUUUGUUAAUAAUGAUGACUGCAGCGGAAUUCGUGGUGUUGUGGUUACAUGUUCUGCUUUAAAAUAUAAAUAUCGCGAAUUUAUAAGAAAUUACGAUCUCUAUAAUGAUAAUGAUAAUGUGGAAGUAUGGUUUAUAUAUUUAAAGACAAGUAAGAAUGUAUUAGAACAAAGAUUAUCAAUGAGAGAUGAGAAUAAGAAAGAGGAGGAAAAACAUUUUAUGAAAAUUCAGAUGCUUGAAUCUCAAUUAUCAACAUUGGAAGAACCAACAGAGGAGCCAAGAACUAUUAUUAUAAAUAGUGAUAAUCCAAUGGAUAAAGUUGUCGAAGAAACCUCCAUUAGUAUCACGAAAAUAAUUGAGAGAUAA